UAAUUUUCCCUUGCAUUCUUGUGCGAGCGCGGUGUGUUUAUCAUCACCAUCGGCAUCACCAAUCACCACAAAGCUGGGGACGUGAGCUCGAUUGUUGGGUUUAUCAAAGCCUGGAGCUCGUUAGCCAAGCUCGGCCAUGGAGAAAACAUAAAGGUAUGAGGACGGUAAUUUUUUCUUUGUCAUAAAUGCGUACAACCUACGAGAGCUGCUGGCACAACAUUCGAUUUUCUUGCAAAACCUUUGAACAAAAAUCUCUCAAAUAUCGCCCAAGUUUUUGUCCAAGAAAAUGCCGAUGAAGGUUCUUGAUGCGACUGUGGAGAAUUUUCAAGGCGUGUUUGAGGAAUUUAAGAGUGAAGCCCCAAAUAACAAGGCGAAUCUCAUCCUUUUCUUGGCUGAUAAAGAUCCUUCGACCAAUAUCAGUUGGUGCCCUGAUUGUGUAAGAGCCGAGCCAGUGAUAUACAAUAAACUCGAAGCUUGGCCUGAAAAUGUGGCUCUUUUGAGGACAUAUGUUGGGGAUAGACCGACUUGGAGAAACCCACUGCACCCUUUGAGGACCGACUCGAUUUUCAAGCUUAGAGGGAUUCCGACUUUGGUUCGAUGGGAAAAUGGAGGCAUCAAAGGCCGUCUUGAAGACAAUGAAGCCCAUCUGGAGCACAAAAUCCACACCCUUCUUUCUGUAAAUUAAAUAAUUUUCUUUAUUUUAUUUUUAUUUUUUGUUU